UGGGGUAAUACCAAAAUAUGAAUGAAUAAAAAACAAAAACGUUUUUCACAUAACAUCAUCGGACCUAUGCAAAUUAAAAUCAAAAUUGAUUUUGGGUUCAUCUCUUUCAUUUCAAUUUAUGGUUCCAGAAACCCUAAUCAUAAAAAAUGGAGCAAUUGAAGACAAUAGGAAGAGAGCUAGCGAUGGGUUCACAAGGCGGGUUUGGUCAAUCAAAAGAGUUUCUGGAUCUAGUCAAAUCAAUCGGCGAGGCGAGAUCCAAAGCAGAAGAAGAUCGAAUCGUGCUCAGCGAGAUCGAAACCCUAAAAAAACGAAUCGUCGAACCAGACAUUCCGAAACGCAAGAUGAAAGAGUACAUAAUUCGCCUCGUUUAUGUCGAAAUGCUGGGCCACGACGCCUCUUUCGGUUACAUUCACGCCGUUAAAAUGACGCACGAUGAUAGCUUGCUUCUGAAACGGACCGGCUAUCUGGCUGUUACCUUGUUUUUAAACGAAGAUCAUGAUUUGAUCAUUCUGAUUGUGAAUACUAUUCAGAAAGAUUUGAAAUCCGAUAACUAUUUGGUGGUCUGUGCUGCUUUGAAUGCGGUGUGUAAGUUGAUCAAUGAGGAGACAAUUCCUGCUGUUCUGCCUCAAGUGGUCGAGUUACUGAGUCAUUCUAAAGAAGGUGUUCGGAGGAAAGCUAUCAUGGCGUUACAUCGAUUCCAUCACAAGUCUCCGUCUUCUGUUUCUCAUCUCGUCUCCAAUUUUCGCAAGCGGCUGUGUGAUAAUGAUCCUGGGGUAAUGGGUGCAACACUCUGCCCUCUCUUUGACCUUAUCACUCUAGAUGUGAGUUCCUACAAGGAUUUGGUGGUCAGCUUUGUAAGCAUUCUUAAGCAAGUAGCUGAGCGCAGAUUACCAAAGAAUUAUGAUUAUCAUCAGAUGCCAGCUCCUUUUAUACAGAUCAAAUUGCUAAAAAUAUUGGCACUGCUAGGAAGUGGCGAUAAGCAAGCGAGCGAGCACAUGUAUACUGUUGUGGGCGACAUAUUUAGGAAGUGUGAUUCAUCAAGUAAUAUAGGAAAUGCUGUACUUUAUGAAGCCAUAUGCUGUGUUUGUUCAAUACAUUCCAAUGCCAAGCUACUAGAAGCUGCCGCUGAUGUAAUAGCAAGGUUCUUGAAGAGUGACAGUCAUAAUCUAAAAUACAUGGGAAUUGAUGCCCUUGGUCGAUUGAUAAAGCUAAGUCCUGAAAUUGCAGAACAACACCAGCUGGCUGUUAUAGAUUGCUUGGAGGACCCGGAUGAUACAUUAAAGCGAAAAACCUUUGAACUGUUGUAUAAGAUGACAAAGUCCACCAAUGUGGAAGUGAUUGUUGAUCGCAUGAUUGAUUAUAUGAUUAAUAUUAACAAUAACGAUAGUCACUACAAAGCCGAAAUAGCAUCACGAUGUGUAGAACUUGCUGAGCAAUUUGCACCUAGCAACCACUGGUUUAUUCAGACAAUGAAUAGAGUCUUUGAGCAUGCGGGUGAUCUGGUGAAAAGUAAGGUGGCUCAUAACUUGAUGCGUUUGAUUGCUGAAGGGUUUGGAGAGGAUGAUGAUACUGCAGACAGUCAGUUGAGAUCAUCUGCUGUGGAGUCGUAUUUGCAUAUCAUUGGAGAGCCAAAGCUUCCAUCUGUAUUUCUUCAAGUCAUUUGUUGGGUCUUGGGAGAAUAUGGGACUGCUGAUGGGAAGUUUUCAGCUUCCUAUAUUACUGGGAAGUUAUGUGAUGUGGCGGAUGCAUAUUCCAACGAUGAAACUGUUAAGGCAUAUGCAGUUACAGCUCUCAUGAAAAUAUAUGCUUUUGAAAUAGCUGCUGGAAGGAAGGUGGAUAUUCUUCCCGAGUGUCAGUCUUUGAUUGAAGAAUUAUCAGCGUCUCACUCAACAGACUUGCAGCAACGUGCUUAUGAACUUCAAGCAGUCCUCGGUGUAGAUGCUCGUGCUGUUGAAUUUAUUAUUCCAUCAGAUGCAAGUUGUGAAGAUAUUGAGAUUGAUAAGAACCUGUCUUUCCUCGAUGGCUAUAUCCAACAGUCGAUAGAAAAAGGAGCUCAGCCUUAUAUUCCAGAGAGUGAACGCUGUGGGGUGUCAAAUAUGAGCAGCUUCAUGAAUCAAGAUCAGCAUGAAGCUUCAAGUCAUGGUCUUAGGUUUGAGGCAUAUGAGCUUCCAAAUCCCUCAGUCCCAUCUAGGAUACCUCUAGCAUCAAUUACACCCUCAACGGAACUUGUUCCAAUUCCUGAGCCGUCUUACUAUAGAGAAACACAACAGGCUUCGUCAUAUGACACUGGUUCAUCAGUGGUCAAGCUACGGCUUGACGGUGUCCAAAAGAAGUGGGGUAAGCCAAAUUACUCGUCUCCAAGUUCCAGUCCCCAGCAAGCAGUGAAUGGAGUCUCGCAUGGAGAUGGAGUUAGCAGUACAAAUGCAAAAGCACCUGCACCUUCUUAUGAUUCAAGGAAGCCACAAGUUGAGAUCUCUGCUGAAAAGCAGAAGCUCGCUGCAUCACUUUUUGGUGGUUCAUCGAAAACAGAGAGAAGGACAGGCCAUAAGGGAGGCAGUCAUGUUCCGAAGCCACCAGUUGUAUCUACAUCUGAUAUUGGUGUAGAGAGGAAGCCCAUUCCUGAUUUGCUCGACCUGGGUGAAGAAUCAACCAUCAAUUCUAGUGAUUUGUUAGUGGACCCAUUUAAGCAAUUGGAAGGGCUGCUUGACCAUAGUCAACUUAGUUCAGGUGCUAAUCCUGGCAUGAUUAGUGCUUCUAGUGCACCAGAUAUAAUGGAAUUGUAUGCAGACACAUCUGGAGGCGGGCAAUUCCCUUUAUCAUCUCAUAGAAGUGACGACAAUCUUGUAUUUGGAUUUGCAAAUGCUACUAAUCAAAGUGGAACCUCAGCUACACAAAUUAGUAAAGGUCCAAACCUUAAAGAGGCCUUGGAAAAGGAUGCACUCGUGAGGCAAAUGGGUGUGAACCCAUCAAGCCAAAAUCCCAAUUUAUUCAAAGAUUUGUUUGGCUAAAAUAGGAAUCAGAUAUAUUGCUACAUGUUUUCCACAUGCAGGUCUGCCAGUGAAAAAGCAGUUGGUUUCUGAGCCUCCCCGGGUGAUACUAAAAUCAGGUACAGAUUGUAUUUGCUGCAUAUUAUGUAGUAGUUAGUUCGAAGAAAACCAAGGUUGGUGUACACGGGGUUUCCCCUCGAGGAUUUUAUUUUUGAUUGCUUGUUAUAGCACUUUAAGAGCUCUAUGGACAAGCGGGGUUGUCCCGUGCUUGUGCUUGUUUAUGCUGCUGCGCCUAAUGUCAUUAUUUUCUUUUCUUUCUGGGUGUACACGGCAUGCUUGUUCCUCUCCAACGUAAAGCUUUGAAUUAUCA